UUUGGAAAAUAAGGUCCAAACAUGUGUUCCUUGUUAAUCCUCUACAUUAUCCCAAAAAAUACCUACUUUGUGGCUCUGCUUCUGUUUCGCUUAAGUACAAAACUUACAACAAAACCCCAUAAUCCGAAGAAUAACAACCAACCCAACUAACCAAAAAUUCUGAAGUGCCCUCCAACACACAAUAUAGAGAGAAGGUUAAAAAAUCAUGAGCAAUGAUACCUUAGAUAAGCUAGUCAUCUUCUUAGCCAAAAGAGAUGGCAUAGAUAAGCUAGUCAAGACCUACCAAUAUGUUUCCAAGUUAGCCCAUUGGCACCUCGAGGCAACGCAGCCCAAGUUGGCCCAACGGUUCAAACUAUGGGAGGUGGCUGCGGGCAUGAGUCGGAAGGCCUUUCGGAGUGGCCGGUCCUUGACAGGGCUCAACACCAUCCGGAGGAACCCGGGCCCAACUCGUGGGCUCCAGACCUUGGCCGUGCUAGGGAAUGCAGGGGAGAUGGUUUACUUCUUUUUCGACCACUUUACUUGGUUGUCAAGGCUUGGAGUGUUGGAUGCAAAGUUGGCUAAGAAAAUGAGCUUCAUUUCAGCCUUUGGUGAGUCAGUUGGUUAUGUCUUUUUCAUAAUAUCAGACUUCAUUCUCAUGCAUGAAGGUUUGAAGAAGGAAAAACUGUUACUCAAGGGUUUAGAUGAGGAUGAAAAGAAGGAAGAGGAGGUGAAAGAAGGGGUGGGGAACAUAAGGGGGGAUCGAGUGAUGAGGUUGAUGGCGGUGGCAGCAAAUGUGGCGGACUUGAUCAUUGCGGUGGCGGAGAUUGAGCCAAACCCGUUUUGCUGUCAUGCUGUGACGUUGGGGAUUAGUGGUCUUGUUUCUGCAUGGGCUGGUUGGUAUAGAAAUUGGCCUUCUUAAAGAAUGUAGAGGUUUUACUUUUUUUGGGUUUACAUGUAAUUAUUGGGACACUUUUUAAUGUUUUAAAAACUCUAAAUGCUAGAAAAUAUUGCAAUGAGUGCAUGAGUUUUUCA